AUGUCAGGACGACUAAUUUUGCAAGAAUUAAAGGUGGGGUGGAAAACUGGGAAUAAAUUUCCAGUGACUAAAAGAAGUGGACCGGUGUCCAAAUCUAACGGGCAGAUACUUGACUAUGGUGACCUGACCACAAUUGAAUCGUUGCGUAAAAAAAAUGGGUAUUAUAAGCCUAACAAGGCUCUCCCAAAAUCUGCGGAAGGCCAGAGGUCGCUUUUGCGAGCACGAUCUCAGCUUAGAGGUACCAACAGCAUUGCACAAGUGUAUCAGAGCACGUUUCGAAUCUUUUCAGCACAGAGUAAGGUUUAUUCCUGCGAUUUUUUUCGUCUGUUGUAUUUUCCUCCGGAACACUUUUUGUCUUUGUUUCGCAAGAGUAAACCCGCAGUAAAUGUCCGGAGUGUUGGUGAGGUCUAUUUAAAUGGCAACUACCCGCUAAGCACUCGGGACGCUAGCACGGCCAGUAACUCUAGAAAGGAAACGCACAGCUUGCAGAAACCAAAAAUUCAGGAAAUUGGGAACAUUCGACAGUUACAAGCAAUGCUGGGUAACGACGGCUCCAAUAUCCCUCGCAACUAUGCAUACUUGAGACGUUCGCUACGCGCAUUUGUGAACAAAUGUUUCAUCAAAAAAUGGCUAGAGCUACAAGGCGCAGUGGCCGUGAAAGAACAAAUUGGCCAAGAUGACACUCGCGCAAGUAGUACGACCUGUAAUUAUCUGGAUCCUAAGGGUCGCAGCAGGGUUGGCAUCGCGAAGGAUGGAUUCUACUUAUUCCAGGUUCUCAAGUUCCCGGAUUCUACAACAGAAACAGAAUUUGAGAGACACGUUGCACGCAGCGUACAAGCCGUCGCAAAUUUGGACUGGGAUCAAUAUACGCUGGGCAAAGCCAAGGCAAAAAACUGGGUGCAAGAGGCGAACGACAGAGUACGAUUGCCUAUUCUGAACUCAUACUUGGCUCACGACCAAGUGCCUCGAAUAUUGAGAAAAGUCAAAUCAUAG